AUGGUUGCAAAAGCCUCAGGUGGAAAUUUCGAGAGGGAUUGGAAAGAUCUGAACGUGAUUGGGUUUGGGUUGAUCGGAUGGUUAGCACCUUCCAGUAUUCCGGCGAUCAACGACAACAGUUUGACCGGACUCUUCUUUUCCAGCAUUGGGACUGAGCUUGCUCACUUCCCAACUGGCCCUGCUCUCACUUGGCACAUGAGAUUGUUCUUGGCAUUGACUUUUGGACAAAUUGGAUUCAAGAGUAGGACCGAAGAUUACUUCAAUAAAAUAAAUUAA